GCUUCCGUGACAGCUGACUACCGACACACUGUCACACGUCCUGGCUACGAUGUUGACAUGACCAUGAACCCAGCUAAUGUCAGCUACCUAUAUAACGUAUGUGUGAAUGGUUCGGUAAAUGAAGUACUGUUAGUGGUCGUGCCUAAGUCACACCGAGUAAAAGUACGCAACACCAGUCACAUCGGCUACACGACCAGGAUCAGAUACAUAGGGCAGGACUCACCAUCACAGACCGGACAGCUGAGGUUUACCAUCUACAAUGUUACUGUACAGGACGCUGGUACCUACUACUGUCAAGGAAGCAGAAAGCAGAUAGUACUUGGAUGUAGGCAGAUCCUCGUUGUAUUACAGAAGCCGACCACACCUUCCAUCACAGGACCUGCCUCAGCUGUAUCAGGUGAGAAUGUCACCCUGACAUGCUCCUCCUCCCGGAGUCUGCCCCUGGACCACCCCCAACUGGCCAUGACCUACACCUGGAGGAGGAACAGGACCCUGCUGGAAUCUGGUGAUGGGUCUGACACAGGCGGAGAUGUCCUGACAAUAACCCACAUCAGCAGAGAGAACCAGGGAGACAUCUACACCUGCCAGGCUGUGGAGGAGGGGCUGGAGUCUGACUGGAGUCACGGACAUGUACUGGAGGUUCACUACGGACCUGACCAGAUAAAGUUUAACGGCGCAAGUGACAGGCUAAAGGCAGAAGAAGGUGACCCUCUCACAGUGAGAUGUUCUGCUGAAUGUAACCCCGCCUGCACUGUGACCUGGUGGGACACAUCCAGACAGAGGGUGAUCCCGGGACAGAGGGAGGCUGUGUUGUAUAUACCAGCUGUAGACAGAUCUGUGCCUGGACAGUACACGUGUCACGUCAACAACACGCAAGGGAAUAAAUCACGGAUCCUGACGCUUGAAGAUUUCUAUGGACCUGACCAGAUAAAGUUUAACGACGCAAGUGACAGGCUAAAGGCAGACGAAGGUGACCCUCUCACAGUGAGAUGUUCUGCUGAAUGUAACCCCGCCUGCACUGUGACCUGGUGGGACACAUCCGGACAGAGGGUGAUCACGGGACAGAGGGAGGCUGUGUUGUAUAUACCAGCUGUAGACAGAUCUGUGUCUGGACAGUACACCUGUCACGUCAACAAUACAUAUGGGAAUAUAUCACGGAACCUGACGCUGGAAGAUUUCUGUAAGACUCCUACAACAUUGCUGGUGAUAGACAGAAUCUGUAACAUUUAUUUGGAUAACUCCUGUAAUAACCAAUUUCAUUUUAUUAUUCAUUUCAACUUUCUCUAAACGCACAUAGAUGAUUAAUAAU